UAUUCGCAACAUUUCCUCCCUCUCCCCUAGGCCCUUAGAGGCAUUUUAGUGUGUAGAAUUGGCGCAAAUUGCCCUCGAAUUGGUUCCGCCGCAGUUGGUGUUGGUUAGGAAGGUGGUGUGAAUGAUCUAUCCGAACGCUGACCAAUCGCGUUGUUAGUUUGGUCUCCCAUCACGAUUGACAUCAUCUCCGCCAGCCAUCGAACUUCACUUGGUUAGAUCACCCCCCGAGGGAAGACGACGCGACAAAAACAAUUAUGAAUGAUUGGAUUUCAAUAGACGAGUUGUCCCAAAUACUGGUCCGCUGCUGAUAAACUCGUCCCAAGGCAAACAACAUCGUCGUCGACAUUUUCCAAAAUAAUCGCGCGCGCUUGAUAACAUAUUCGCAAGUCAAAGGCAGCAUGGCCGACAAUCUAGGACAGUCGUCGAACCCCAAGCGAGCCAGAAUAAUGCCCGCGGAGGAAGAAGAUCGGAAGGAGGACUUAACCUUGAUAGAGUCCGUGAUGGCAGACGAGUUCACGGAGGCUGUUAAGCUGAUAGACGUUUAUGUUGGCCGUAUUGCCGACUUGCGUCACAUAUCGAAGCUAAUUUCGGCGCUGGGCGGCUGCCUGCCGAUUCCGGCCCGACUGCAGCAUUUGAAGCGCGUUGGGCGUGAUGGCCAAAUUAUUCUCGCGGAAGCGACCGAGCUCGUGAAGCUGCUGGAGCGUGAAGGAUUUAUGGAGCACGAUUCGGGGGUUGGAGACGGGCUGGGGAAAUAUUUCAAGUCGAAGAAGCUGGACGAGGAGCUGGUAGAAAGUUUGUACACCGACUUGACUGUACGAAAGGUAGCUAAGGAUGCGCCGAGGUUGAGAUGGCAGUACGAGGAGGCCAACGGUCAUUGGCCAUGCAAGUUUCAUCCGAAUAAAUAUGUGGAGAAUCUCUUCAAGAACACCGUCUUCAACGAGACUGAACGGAAGUUUCACCAGCAGAUCAUGUCCGCGGCUCUCUUUUUAGCACAGAAUCACGAGGGUAAACCUUUUGGGAUAUGUGUUAAUCCAAAGCUCAAACGAAUCGCUGCCAUCGGGGUUGGCAAAAGUGAAGAACAUCCGAUAAUGCACUGUCCAAUGGUUCUGAUCGACAACGUCGCCGUCUCACAGGAGGGUGGCGUUUGGCAUCGGAGUUUUCAGCAUGAUCCGGAGGCGGAAAAAGACUACAUUCUUGGAGGAAUAGAACCAGAUUACAUCCGAUUGCUGGCAGGGACAUUUCCCGACAUCCGCUUUGGAGCUGAGCCGAUUAAAUCCGCUGCUGAUGUUAAGCUUGACGAGCUGCCAACCCACGAUGAUAACCUGGCAAAGUACGGACCUUAUCUCUGUACCGGGUACGACGUGUAUCUAACUCACGAACCGUGCAUAAUGUGUGCGAUGGCACUCACACACAGCCGGGUGCGCCGCGUGUUCUUCCAUCGCAAAACAAGCCGAGGUGCGCUGGGCUCCAUCACGAAAGUUCAUUGCGUAACAGGACUGAAUCACCACUACGAAGCAUUUCAAAUUUUGUGAAAUAUAACUACUAAGCUCAA